GAGAUUUAAAGUCAGUUACAUUUUGAUGUACCUAAAUGGCAGAGAGAUCCUUGAUUGCUAUCGUUCUUCUUACAAAGGAAAGGAAGAUAUCCAUACAAGAUUGAUGAGAAGAUACAAGGACAUACCUAGCUGGUGGUUUUACAUGUUGCUCAUCAUUACAGUAGCAGUUUCUCUUGUACUCUGCAUCGUCUUGAAUGAUGAGGUUCAGCUGCCAUGGUGGGGACUCCUAUUUGCUGGUGCCAUGGCCUUUACAUUCACCCUUCCUAUCAGCAUCAUAACAGCAACAACAAACCAGACACCAGGGAUAAACAUAAUAACAGAGUACGUCAUGGGAAUCAUGUUACCGGGAAGACCAAUAGCCAAUGUAUGCUUCAAAACCUAUGGCUAUAUGAGCAUGGCUCAGGCAGUCUCCUUCCUGAAUGAUUUCAAGCUUGGGCAUUACAUGAAGAUCCCUCCAAGAUCAAUGUUUUUAGUUCAGUUCAUAGGAACGAUUCUAGCAGGAACCGUCAACCUUGCAGUAGCACAUUGGUUGCUAAACUCUAUCAAGAAUAUGUGCGUGGAUGAUCCUCAUUCGGAUAGUCCUUGGACAUGCCCAAAUGACCGAGUUUUCUUUGAUGCAUCCGUGAUAUGGGGUUUGGCCGGACCUAAACGUAUAUUUGGAUCUCUUGGAAACUAUGGUGCCAUGAACUGGUUCUUCCUUGGAGGUGCAGUAGGACCAGUCAUUGUUUGGGUACCGCACAAGGCAUACCCAAAGCAACAUUGGAUAAGGCUGAUUAAUCUUCCAGUCCUUCUGGGAGCAACAGGCUUGAUGCCACCAGCAACAGCAUUGAACUACAAUUCCUGGAUCAUAGUCGGAACCAUUUUCAAUUUUUUUGUCUUCCGUUACAGGAAGAACUGGUGGCAGAGGUACAACUAUAUUCUUUCAGCAGCGAUGGAUGCUGGGGUGGCAUUCAUGGCAGUUCUAUUGUACCUUUCAGUAGGCAUGGAGAAUAAAAGUUUGACCUGGUGGGGUGCAAAUGGUGAACACUGUGACUUGGCUACUUGUCCAACCGCCAAGGGCAUAGCAGUUGACGGUUGUCCGGUGAACUAAAGCCCAUUUUCGUCACCAGUUACAAGUGAUUUUAUUUUUAAAAUUGCAGAGACAGAACGAGAAGCUAUUAGAAAAUAAUUGAAUGUACAAUGGAUUUGUCUCCUAAGGUGAUAAAGAUGAAUCACUCGCUUGCUAUCUCUUAUGCGAAAACAAAAACAAUAGACAUAAACAAGUUAAAUUUAUCCAACUCUUCUGUUGAUUGGAAAUCAAACUGAAAAUGGCUACUUGGGAGGAUUUGUAGACCCAUAUCUCGUUACAAGGGAAGUACCCAUUACUUAGAGCCCUCAUAGCCAUAUAGAACGAUCUUAAUCUAAACUUAGUUUUGAAUAAUUUGCAACCAAUCUUUCUCAUCCUCCACAAUAUUUGACAUAGGCCACAUCCAAAUGCACAAGGCAUUCACCACACCCCAUUGGAAAUAAUUGACA